AUGUCUAGCGGUACCUCUGCUGCGGACUAUGUUGUUUUCGCAAUAAUACUUGCUCUUUCGAUGGCAAUAGGAAUAUUCUCAGCUUGGAAAGCAAGAAGAAAUAAAAAAGAUGGCCAAAUAGAAGAAUUUCUCCUCGGAGGCAGAAAAUUACAUUUUGUUCCAGUUGCAUUUUCUAUUAUUGCAACUAGUCUCUCUGCUGUAGCUGUGCUAGGAAUACCAACAGAAGUGUACGUUAACGGUUCUAUGUACUGGCUUCGGAUCCUAUGUGCUCCUAUCGUAGGGCCAUUGGCCGCCCAUGUAUUUGUUCCAUUGUAUCACAAACUACGGUUGACAAGUGUUUAUGAGUAUUUUGAACUGAGGUACAACAAAGUGGUGCGUCUCAUAGGUGCGGCUAUAUUCAUUCUAGGAGAGGGUGGAAUUCGUGCAGUAGUAUGGACUGAUGUUUUGCAAACUUUGGUAAUCAUAGCAGGAUCACUAACAAUUGUUAUUCGAGGAAUGAUUGAAGUUGGUGGUUUCCAGAAAGUUAUGCAAAUAAACAAUGAUGAAGGGCGUAUUCAGGCAUGGAACUGGGACCCAAAUCCCUUUGUUCGCCAUACAGUCUGGUCUCUUGGUCUAGGAAGUGUGAUCUCGUUUGGCGGAGGCUAUUUCCGUGACCAAGUAACAAUUCAACGUUAUGGAAGUAUCAGUUCAAAAAGAGAUGCACAAAUAUCAGUAUACAUAUCACUCGUGAUACUGAUGGUAUGUUUGUCACUGUAUACGUUUGUUGGACUUGUAAUGUAUGCCGUUUAUCACCAGUGUGAUCCUGUGACUAGCGGCAGGGUGCGGAGUCAUUAUCAGCUGAUGCCUUUAUUUGUGACGGACAUGUUAUCAUCAGCACCUGGGGCAGUUGGUUUGCUCGUAGCAUGUGUGGCAAGUGCAGCUCUCAGCACAAUGUCCUCCGUACAAAAUGCAAUGGCAGCAGUCUUGCUCGAAGACUUCAUUAAACCAAUUUAUAAAAAAAUAUACAAAAGGGAUAUAUCUGAUCUAAAUGGAAAACAUGCGGCCCAAAUAAUAGCAAUUGUGAUCGGGAUAUUAGUUAUAGGCAUUGCCUUAUCAGCUGAAUACGUUGGCUCGACAUUGGUCACUUUACAAGUGCGAAUCGGUGGAAUCGCUGUUGGUCCAAUGACAGGACUAUUUCUUCUCUCGGUAUUCUUUCCAUGGACCACAACACCGGGGGCUCUCAUUGGCACACUCGUCAGCAUGGGUUUUACAACUUGGAUAGGGAUAGGUGCAUUUUUACAUCCGGGUCCCAGUACUGCACUUCCGUCAUCUGUAGAAGGGUGCCCAUUGGCGAAUGCAACAGCCGUUGCCAUAGUAACUAAUCUAACGACAGAGUGGCCAAGUUUUGUUUCAACUACUCAACUAUCGGAAUCACCCGAGAACAGCAGCAUAAUGACUCUUUACAGACUUUCUUACAUGUGGCAGGCUGGGUUUGGUACAUUAUUGACGAUUAUAUUUGGAAUGAUCGUCUCAUCUAUACAACUAUGUGUGACAGGAUUUCCUCGGCUGGAUGACAUUAAUCAAGACCUGGUGUUCAACUGUUGUGAUAAAGUUUGUUGUUGUUGUUCUGAAUCCACAAAACAAUGCUGUAGGGUAACAGGAAAAAGUCACUUAGAUGAGACUAUUGGGAACCAAGUGGAUCUUGAUGUGCUGUAUGAAAGUAUACCGAACGCGCAAUCUACCCUUUGAAAACCAUACAAGGU